AAAAGUUAAUGGAUAGUCUUAGUUACCCUUGCAUAUGUUCAAUGAUAUGAUCGAUGUUAAGUUGCUGCUGAUCAUUUAAAUGGAUUUAGUCAUUUAAUGAACAGUUUAUAUGUUUCCUACAUUGAUUUGUUUUACCGAAUGAUGCCUUUAAGAACAUUUUGACGUAAAGUGCAGUGUUUAGUACACUCCAAACCAUCCAGUUCAUUAUUGGUCGGGAUACGUUAAAACACCACAAAAGACUAAGGCUUAUUUAUAAUUGUUACAAAAAUGAAGUUUUUGUGGUGUCUUUUAAACCCUACCAAUUUAACACAAAGUCACCGUAAACUACUAUGUUUAAUGCUAAGAAACUUAUGAACAUUGCUUAUGAUGCGGUUUUUCUUAAAAUCUUCACAGAAAAUUCGCAGUUUUCUGCUUUAUUCGAUCUUUUCCCUAUUGUGAAUAAGUCGAAUUACCGAAAAUUGGCCAAGUUUAUUUUUUAUUCUAAGCAAAUAGAUAAAGUUAGAGAUUUAACCACAAGGCUUAUCGGCUGAACUUAUCGUUAUAUCUGCAAAAGAACAUAAACAUUGGCUCCAGAUGUAAUCUAGCUAACUGGAGAAAAUUACCAAAGUUAUUAUUUAUUUUCAUCCAAAUGACUGGGUGUUACAUACAAAAUUAGUAAACUAAACAGCCGGUUCACUGAUUACUCUAUGGAAGGAGUAACUUAUCACUAUGAAAUAAAUAUCAUAAAAUAGAAGUAAUCUAACAUUUCUUCACUUAUACAUAGUUUUUGAGCAGUUGUAGGCCAUUCAGUACUCAGUGGGUGUUAGUUUUCAGUUUCAAACGUGGUUUGUGAUCUCCGUAUCACUUAUAAGAGACUUUAAAUAAUCUCUCUGUGUCCUUUACUGAUAUCUUUCGCUUCAGAAAGUCAGUGGACGUUUUACAUAACUUAGUGAUAGUGUGCUUUCAAAAAAGGUUCAUGAGAAGUUCUUAAGAUCAACAAUAAGCAAUCGAGACUGAGACGUUUUCAAGCACUUUAUGCAACGAAUAUUUUCGAAGAAAUUUCAGCAGUCAAACAGUUAACUAUGCAUCUGAUUUCAUAUUUCUUCGUGUAUACUAGUUAAAUUGUUACUACUUUUCGUCUGCGUUUUCUCUCCUUUUAGAAAUAAGUGAUCUUCGAGAACUGAGGAUUUUAGAUUUACGGUCAAACAAACUGAAGCACUUACCAUUGAACCUUAGAUUUAUGUUAUGCCUAGAAAGGUUGUCUCUGGAAGAUAAUCCUCUUUGCUCUCCCCCUAUCGCAAUUGUUUCUCGUGGAAUCCCUUACGUGUUCGCGUUUUUAAAUCAACAAGCACAGUUGAAUUCUGAUAAUAUAAGUUGUGGAAAAUACCAUGACUCCUUGACUGAUUCUUCCUUUCCCAUUGCAAAUACCGUGAAGCCAGCUCUCAAUCAACAGCCGACAUCAUGUUUAAUCACUAGUAUUAAGAAACCUGAGAUUCUUUUUGAUUCUACUCAGAAGACGUUGUCCAAACAUGAGAUUUCUAGCUCUCUUCCAAGCACAUCUGCAAUUCAAAACACUGAUACAUCGGCAAACAUCAUCCAAGUUGAACAUCCAAAGAAUCAAGAUGAAAACGUAUGCCGAAUAGAAUGUUCUCGUUCUGAGGGUUUUAACCUUCAAAAUGACAACCACAACGAAUCAUCGUUGUCUUCUUGUGAAAAAGAAAAAUCAAAGUCAGGUUCAUCAAUUAGCUCCUUGUCAACUGAUGAAGAACCCUUAGCAAUAAACAUAAAUUAUUUGGCAAGCUUGAAUUCCGUAUACGACAAGAAUGCAAAAGUCAGUGAUAAUUUAAAAUCAAACAUUUCGCACGAAUUUAACCAUAGUGACAGUGAGUCUUCAACCAAACACUUUACUUCUAUUUGUAAUGUAAAUACAAACAUGUCUUUCAAAUCAGUAAUAUCCGAUAAAAAUGAUGGUAUGUCAAAAUCUUCUGCAGUUGAGUGGGUGAAUGGUUACGUCAGUACCAAUGAAACUUUGUCUUCUGACACUGAUUCCCAACAAAUUAACCUAAGUUUAAACGGUUCGGAAAACAAUGUGUGUGUUAAAUAUGACAGAUGUGUCAAAGGAGGACGUCUUACCAGCUCCUCACGUUUCCGAUGUUCUAAGCGUCAGCAAAUGGCACCAGAAAGGUUUCUUCAAGUCGACCCUUGCAGUAUAUCGUCUAACUCACACUACCCAGGAAAGUCAAGUGCAUCACAGAGAAAAGUGUAUCGUCAUCGGAGUUUUAGUCAUUGUCAUAGAGUUACAACAAAUGCCAACCAAAACUCCUAUCGUCCACUCAGAAGUGGUCCAGAUAAGUAUGAAUUACCUAAAGCUACACGAAUUGGCGUGGCCAUGUGUAUCCCUUCUGAGUCUGUUCUCAAGUCACCAGCUCUGCAGUUUACAACUAAUCAUCAGAAUUCAAAUGUAUUAUCUACUAAUAGCUCCUUAAAUAACAAUGCCAGUAUGACCACAGAAACGCUAUAUAGAAGUGAAUCAGAGUGUAUGAAGAUAAAUCAGCUUGGUGGAAUCAUCAAAUGGGAGGAUUUAUAUCCUGAAGGGCUGAAUAAAAUUCAUCAAUUAAGACGUAUAAUUGAUAAAGAAUUGAAUAUACACCUACCUGUCAGUCCGAAACACUUAGCUAUCGAACUAAGUACUGGUGUUAUUUUAGUUCAUUUGGUGAAUAAAUUAAUUGGACCAACAACAAAUAUAAAGAUCUGUUUACCUAGAAAUGAUCAAAUGAAUAUGCUAAGUGAAGCGAUGAAAUCCUACCGUCGAAAUAUCAGACGCUGCCGUGAAUGGAUACACCGUUUCGGUGUACCAAGUACUACAUGAUGUAAAGAAUUGAAAUUAAAUGAUGAAUCAUCUGUUUCGAGUCAGUUAAAGGGAAAUAAGUUUACUACUACGUUAUGGUCAGCAAGUUCUGAGUUAUUUUUUACGCCGAAAAUGAGUGUUCAGAAUAAGAUUCCUAUUGGAAGAGCAAAUGAGUUACUUGUGAUGGAUCAAAAGAGCUUUCUUAGAUUUUUUUGAAAUUUGCCUUCCUAAUCUCAUUCAUUUAAGGGGAAGUUUGUAUGCUUUAUGUUGAUAGGAGUACUUAUUCUCAACUGAAUCAAUUAUAAAUCCUAAUGCAGCUAACGGCUUACUGUCUCUAGCCGACUGCAUAUUUAUCUUAUAUAAUCUUCGUGGACAAGGAUCUCCAAAUCAGCUGUCAACAAAAACUAGACAAGAAACUGAACCCAUCCUAGAUCAGUACGCUGAAUCUUCUCUAUCACAAUCGAAACUGCAGUCAACCUCAACGCCACACACUGUUAAAAAGGUGAACAGUCGGAGGGUAUAUCAUAUCAACUUUUGGCCACAUCAUUUAAGCUCAGAUGUGUAAUAUAUAACAUUCCUAGAUGCCAAUAACGACACUGCCAUAUGCAACUGUUUUCAUCUACUUGUUUUAAUAUAUGAAUAUGAAUAUACCUUAUAAGUAUGCAUGAUUUAUAAGUGAAAAAACUCACUCGUGAUAUUUUAAGAAUACUCAUACAUGCAUUCAUCAGUGAUUUUCAUGUUUUCUUACUCUUCCUUUUUGAUAAAUGUCUUUUUCUAAGAACUUUUAUAAUAUUUCAAGAAGCAAUAUUACAAAAUCAUUGAUUUUAACGCAUUUGUAAUAUCAUUUUAAUUUGAUUACUAAUCUGUAUUCGUGAAUAUGACGCACAACAACUUUUCACAUCAUGCUCUUUGUUAAUGACAAGUACAUUCAUAUGUAUAUUUC